AUGGCUCAGCAAAGAGGCCCGUCCUACGGCUUGGGCGCCGGUGGCCCCCCGUCCUUUGGCGGCUCGAGUAUGGACAACGAGGAAUCCAGCCCUCUGGACAUGAUCCGCCAGCAGACGAGCAAGAUUGAGGAUAUGUUGGACACUCUCAGCGAGCCCGUCAAGCCCUACUUGCCCGCCAUCGGCCGCUUCCUGAUUGUUGUCACCUUCCUUGAGGAUGCCCUCAGAAUUAUCACCCAGUGGAGCGACCAGCUGCUCUACCUGCACGACUACCGACACAUCCCCUCCGGUAUUACGCAUUUGUUCCUCAUUACCAACGUUGUCGCCAUGACCGCCUGCUCUGUUCUCGUCAUCAUCCGCAAGUACUCCGACUAUGCCGUCGCCGGUCUCAUGGCCGUCGUCGUCACCCAGGCUCUCGGAUACGGCCUGAUCUUUGACCUCAACUUCUUCCUGCGCAACCUGUCCGUCAUUGGUGGCCUGCUCAUGGUUCUUUCCGACUCAUGGGUUCGCAAGACCAAGGCGUUUGCCGGCCUGCCCACCCUUGACGAGAAGGACCGCAAGAUGUACUUCCAGCUUGCUGGCCGUGUCCUGUUGAUCUUCCUCUUUGUUGGCUUCAUCUUCAGCGGCUCCUGGUCCGUCUGGCGCAUUAUCACCUCCCUGAUUGGCUUUGUUGCUUGCGUCAUGGUUGUCGUCGGAUUCAAGGCCAAGUUCAGCGCCACCCUCCUGGUCCUGAUUCUCAGCAUCUUCAACAUCCUCGUCAACAACUUCUGGACUCUCCACGAGCACCACCCCCACAAGGACUUCGCCAAGUACGACUUCUUCCAGAUCCUCUCUAUUGUCGGCGGUCUCCUGCUGCUCGUCAACAGCGGCCCCGGCCAGUUCUCCAUUGACGAGAAGAAGAAGGUUUACUAG